GAUAUCAGCACCACGACACCCUCUGUGCCCACGGAGGCAUACACCACACCUGUGUACAAUUGUUUUUAGUUAACAAGGCGCGUGUUUGUUAAUUGAUCGAUUAGUUAACGGGGGUGUCGGUGGCGUGUGUCAGUGACGGUGUGUGAAGUGUUAUGGGGUAGAGAUGGGUGCGGGGCACAGCGCGGAGGGCAGUGCUGGGGCGUACGCGAGCGACCCGCCCGCUCACGAUCGCCGCAAGACUCACAAUAGGAGGCGAAGGCACUCGGUGGACUCGGUCGCGUCGUAUUCUAGCCAGAAUCACGUUGACCGGAUAAGAACACAGAACUUCUCAGCGGCUUCUUGUCAAGACGAUAACGAUUUCGGCUCGAUAAAGACAAGCCUGUUCAGACGAUCCUCGUCCAACUUGGAAUAUCCGCUCAGACGGCCGGAAAGUGUCACGUCCAAUAGCAGUUCCACAAGAAGCCGCCUUCGAGAACUUGUCGAAAGGAAAUCGAGUCAGGACGAGCACAAGCCCGCGGCGAACACCGUCGGUGAUAUCCAAUACUUUGAAAACCCUACAGAGACACUUGAAUUUGACAGACCGCGGAAUUCCUUAGAACUGAAAAGAAGCUUAGACGAACGUCCCAAAAAGAGGAAACUGUCCAAGAGCAAAGACAAGGACAAGGAUACCUGCGAAAGUAAGAACAAAAAACACGAGAAAUAUCAGAGCAAACUAGCUGAUUACUACAAGCUUCCUGUGCAAUUGCCACAAGACGAGUUUUAUCAACAUUUAACUCGAUCGAAAGCUGCUGAGGAAUUACCAAAGCGGUUCUCAAAUUCAGAUACAGAAUUCAGCGGCAGUUACGGGAGACUGUGCAAACAUAAAGAGCCCGAAGGUUCCAAUUUACGGCGUAGUAGAAGUCUAGCGGUAAUAAGAGAAGAAACCUUUACUGACCUCCAAAUUCAAAAUCACGCGAAGAGUAAAAGGUCUCAGCUCAUACCGCGCGCCCGCCUAUUCGACAAGCCUUGCUUUAAAGACAGGUUACCUGGACGUGCCAAGUACCAAACGAAAGAAGAAGUUUUAGAAAGUAUUUACAUAGACAGUACUGCCUCUUGUUUUGGUGAUAUUAACGGACAAAGAGAUAGUGAAACACAACAAGAGGUACCAAAUAAUAAGUCCGAUAAAGAAGACGCACCAUCAAGAAACGAGAGCCAUUGUACUAGAUCUGUCAGUGGAAGUUGGCCUAAUUUAAACGAGGAAACAAAACAGACGAACCUUUCCGAAGAUAGCAUCGGGCACUCACGCAACCCGAGCGAAAUCGACAGUUUAGACUCAAACUAUGUAAGAAAACAUUAUAAUUUCGAAGCACAUCGGAAACAUUACAAAGAUAACUCUUCCCCUGAAACAGAACGAUCUGCUACGUCACCAAAUCAUAGUAAAGAAUUAUAUGUAACUACUGACGAUCACGACACUGACAACGAAGACAGACAAAGAUCUAAAAAUAAUACUCCCAAAUCACUUACCAACGACAGCUUAUCAGUUACACACAGCGAAAUAGACCAGCAACAAUUAAAUCAAUCUGCAACUGUUAAUGAUAAAAAUUCUUAUGAAGAAGUUUCUGUCAAAACUAUAGUAAAUGAAAGUAAAGACAAGCCUGAAGAAUUGGAUAAGCCUAGUGAAAUUAAAAUUGAAGAAGACAUACACUCAAUAGCGUCUGAAAACGAUGAAAUUAGAUCGAGCCCUCCUGAUAGUAUAACUUCAUAUAUAUCUAUCUCAAUUGCUUCUUCUGCAGAUAAAUCUCAUAAAUUAGAGUAUCUAGCUAAUUCGUUAGCAGAAAAAAUCGAUGAAUAUUGCGAUUCCCAAUUUAAAGAAAAUACAUCUGUCGCAUCACCAACUAUAUAUUCUGAAAACCAUAACAGUGAACGAGAUACUAUAUACACAAAGGUAAAUAAGAAACAAACUUUUGCAGAUAUUAAAAGAGAUUCCUUCCUAAGCAAAAGUGGUAGUUUAUUUAAUGAAGUUCAUAAACCAGAAAAUAUUUAUGUGAGUAAUACAUUUUUAGAUAACGAUAGACAAUCUAUAAGAAGUAGCUGUACCUCUUCCAAAAAUAUAACAACUGAGCCUUUUGUAACAACAUUAAUUGAAAAUCAAUACUACUCUUUGCCCGAUAUCAAUAUCAGCAAAUGUUUAAGAAAAUCAGAGCGCAUUGACGCACAAUUACGAGAAGAAGAUCCAGAAGAUGUGCCUUGUGAAAAUACUUAUGAAAUAGCACAUACUCAUUUUAAUGAAAUUUUAUGUAACAAGAGCAAUCAAAAUUACGGUCAGUUGAAUAAAUCUCAAAUUAAUCGUAAUAAUAACAUAAAACAUACUACUACUUCGUAUGCGGAAUAUUCAGAUCCACAAAUAAUAAACAGUUUCUCUAGAUUAGAAGACGACUUAAAUUCUAUCAUAACAGUUGAAAGUUCUAAUCUAGACGAUAAAGACGCAAAUUACUAUAGUUCUGAUACUCAUCAAAACGAAAGGGAAAUAAAUGAAAUAGAGGGAACUAUACGUAAUAAUAAACUAAUAACUAAAUCUGAAAGUUUAAAAAUAAAUUCUAUAUACAGGCCAGAAAUAAAUAUAAUCAAAUCUCUAUCAAAUGAUAACAUUAACAAAUCAAUACAAGAAAAGAAAAGCAAAUUAGGAAUCAAAAAACAUUAUUCACUGCGACAACGAGAUCCCACAGAAGACGAUAUUCAUCGUAUACCCAGUCCUAACAGCAUAGAAAAUACUAUUAAUAUAUCUAACAAUACACAGAUAACUAAACCUCAGAACGAGGAAAUUAAUGUUCACUCCUUAUUAUCUCGAGUUCAAUCAUUCAAGACAUCUGCCGAAUCUAAUAUAGCAUUAGUACCAUUGAGUGGUCAUCAAACUAUUGUCAUUAAUCCACCGUUAACUCAAAAUUCGAGUGAAAACCAAAAAAAAUCAGUUAUAAAAACAGAAGAAUUGCCAAUAAAUAAACAAAUUAUUAAGAAAACCCCCAUAGCAGAAUUUGUAAAUAAAAAUCCUGAAUCACAACUUGAUAAAACUAAAGAAGUAAAUGAAAUAUCAAACGAGGACCUAAAUUACAGUACAAUCGAUACUUCCAGUUAUUAUACUCCAAAAGAUCCUUUCAUAACUAUAAAACUGAAUAAGAUAGUCAGAACAACUGUACCAAAACUCAAAAAAGAAACAACGGAUAAAAUUUCAUGCGCACAAUAUAAAUUUGAAAAACCACCACGCAAAUUAAUAAUCAAAGAUAAUAACUCAAAAGAUUGUAAAGAUUUUAGCUUCAAGAAAACAAAUACGAAUAUGACAAGACCUCAAAUCCUGCAAGUUGUAGAUUCAAAGAAUAAAAAACAAGAUGUACCAGUUCAUGAAGAAAAAAAUAAUAUAAAAGAAGAAAAUGAAAUGCAAAAUAAUGUCAAAGAAUCUGAAAUAAAAAUUGAUAAUAAAGAAUAUAAUGAUACUAAAAACGAAUCCAGUGUUAAAGAAAAAUUACACAACGCAAUUAAGACAGACAUGGAGUAUCAAGAAAAAUUAAAUUCUGUUAAGAAUUACUGGUCGAGACUUAUAGAUAAAACAUCGGAAUCGAAAGAAAAUAUCAAACAAGAUUUCAAAACAGAUCAAAAUGAUACAAUGACUAUAAACAACGAAAUCGAUAAAAAUAUAGAUAAAAAUGAAAGUAAAACUGAAAAUAAUAAUUGUCCAUCACCUGAAUUAUCAGUUGGAAGUAUCAUUAAGUCAUUAGAAAGUGUAAAAAUUGUAGAUAGUAUAAGAAAAAUAAGUCAAACUAAGUUACAUCUAUGGAAAGAUGAGACAGAAAAAGUGAAAAGUGACUCUGAAAUAGAAGAAAGGCCUACAGAAAAAAUUAUGAAAAGUCCUGAGGAAAUAACUUAUGAAAAGCCAAGACCUAAAACUACUGAACUAGAAUGUAGAGAUACGCCUGAAAUAGAAAUUGUGGAAUUGACCUGUGAGGAUAAUCAAAAUCAAAAAACUCAAGCUACAUUAAUAAAAGCCAAAAGUUAUGAAAAGGGGUGUGACGAAUUUGAUCAUGUUCGCUAUAAAGUAAUGAAAUCAGAACUGUUUAAAAAUAGUAUGAUAGCAAACUAUCGAAAAGAAGCCCAAUUUGAUGGUUUACUACAAUAUCUACAAAACUAUAGUUUUCAAGAACUCUUAGUUAAUAAUAACAUAGUAAUAAUAGAGCCCGUAAGAACAAAAGUAGAACCGGCACCCAGAAAAAAUCAAAAUACAGACACUUGCAAAAUUCCACCCACCCUGUUUAAGAGAAAUGAUAAUUCUGGGCAAAUUGAUAAAUCUAAAAAUGCUAUACGCCGACAUUUCUUUUACCAUCCUAUAAGAGUUAAUAAAGAAAUAAUAGAGGAAGAACUACCAAAUCCAGAUACAGUUAAAAAAGUAAGAAAUCUUUUUGAAGAUACGUUAAAAAUGAAGAGCCCGAUGAGUCAAGAUCCUCCGUUAGUUGAAGAUUCUGUUGGUUUAACAAGAAGAGCUACUUCUUACAGAAAUUUAAAUGAAGAGUCUAAAGGAAAUAAAAUGGGUGGAAGAAAAAAAGUAAUACGACAGCUAACUAUUGAUACAAAUUUUAGCAAUAAAAAAUGGGAUAAUGUUAGUCUUUCAAGCGGUGUGUCCAGUGGAGAUCUUAGUUCUAACAACGAAUAUGAAACUGACGGAUUAAGUCCUUAUUCAAACAAAAAUUUAAAAGAUAACGUAUACAGUUCGAGUGAUGAAUAUCUAUGUGAUUCCAUGAAUCAAGAUCUUUGUUGUGAAAGUCAGUAUGUAAGUCCAGAUAUUUUAAAAAAAAUAAGAGAAUGUGGAACUUCUAUAACAUAUUACGGAGGCAAGGUUUUAAACUCAAAAAGCGGUUCGACGGUAAGUCCUAUGACCAAGGCUAUAAUGGAAGAAAUAAAAAGCUUACAAAAGAAUUGCAGUAGAGACUGCUACUCUUGUCAAACAAAAUGCAAAGGCAGCAAGUGCUCCUGUCUUGUAGCUGAUAAGCAUAAACAAAUGUUAAAUGAAAAACAAAAGAGUAAUUUAUUUAAAUCAUCAUCGGAAUCAGUGAACCAACAAGACAGUAAACGUACUGAAGGUUUUCCUGGUUUUAAAUUUAAAUUAGUAAAAUCAAACAGUUGUAGUAGUCGAUUAGAACUAACAGGAACCGAUGAUAAUAAAAACUUCCGUAAUAAAUUUAGAAAACAACCAUUUAAAAUAGAUGACCCCCCACUCAUGUGUGAUGAUGAGAAUUCAGUAAAAAAUAAAAUUUGUAGAUUGGAAAGCUAUAAUAAAGGAAUAGUAAAAACACCCUUUGAAAACAAAGAUCAUGAAGUUACAAAGCCUUUAAAAAUUACGCAUGAAAUAAAAGUAAAUAAUGAUUUUAACAUACAGAAAAAUGAAGUAUCUAAAAAUGAUUUUAAUACAGCUGCUGCAGUGAUAAAAGAAAAAUCAAAUCCGCAGGAAACAAUUAAUACAGAAAACAGCAAAUUAGUAGCCCCAAUAGAAAAAUCAUCAGCUGAUACACAUAGUUUCGAAAAAAAAUUUUAUUAUGUAAAUGAAAAUUUAGAGCAAGGCAAGACCACGCCAGGAAAAUUUGGAGAGAUGGUCUUUGAAGAAUUUGAAGUUUUAGAAUCAUGUUAUGAUAGUUUAAAUAGUAAUAAGUCUCUGAAAUAAUAUAUUUAAAAAUACAUAUUAAUUUUAAGCUUCGCUUAUAUAAAUUGUGAUCUGUAUUCAAAUAACGCUAUUAAAUUAUUGCAAGUAAAUAUAGUACUGAUAUAAAUAUAUAGCUUUAGUCAUAUACUUAAUUUUAAGUUUAUUCUUAUACAUAAUAAUUUAGAAAAUCCUGUAAUAUUUCAGAUCGAACCUAACUGUAGCCUUGGUGAUGGUCUCUUAACUUACUACGAAAUAAUAUUAUUAUAUUUGUCAAA